GUAGGGCUAAGAACUGUCUGCCUCAGAGCCUGCUUCCCUCAUCCCUGGUUGCUCGUGAUCAUGGGACAGGAACCGCGCACGCUGCCGCCCUCCCCUAACUGGUACUGCUCCCGAUGCAGCGAUGCCGUGCCCGGGGGCCUCUUCGGCUUCGCGGCGCGGACCUCUGUCUUCCUUGUCCGCGUGGGCCCGGGAGCGGACGUGAUCCCAGGGACGUCCCCAUUUCGAGUCAUAGGGGAGUUGGUGGGACACACCGAAAGGGUGUCUGGCUUCACGUUUUGUCAUCACCCGGGUCAAUACAACCUCUGCGCCACCAGCUCCGAUGACGGGACUGUGAAAAUCUGGGAUGUAGAGACAAAAACAGUUGUGACGGAACAUGCGCUCCAUCAGCAUACAAUAUCAGCAUUGCAUUGGUCUCCUCUAGUAAAGGAUUUACUAGUAUCUGGAGAUGAAAAAGGAGUAGUUUUCUGUUACUGGCUUAACAGAAAUGACAGCCAGCACCUCUUUAUAGAACCCAGGACAAUUUUCUGUCUUACUUGCUCACCUCAUCAUGAAGAUUUAGUAGCCAUUGGCUACAAGGAUGGCAUAGUGGUUAUAAUUGACAUCAGCAAGAAAGGAGAAGUUAUACACAGGCUUCGAGGCCACGAUGAUGAGAUCCACUCCAUAGCCUGGUGCCCCCUGCCUGGUGAAGAUUGUUUAUCCAUAAAUCAAGAGGAAAAUUCAGAAGAACUUGAAAUCCCCAAUGGGAAAGUUAUAGCACAGACUCCAGUAAAAAAAGGCUGCUACUUAGCCACUGGAAGCAAAGAUCAGACCAUUCGUAUCUGGAGCUGCUCUAGAGGCCGAGGGGUGACAACUUUGAAAUUGCCCUUUCUGAAGAGAAGAGGAGGGGGUAUAGACCCAACUGUUAAAGAGCGCCUUUGGUUGACACUCCAUUGGCCCAAGGGUCAGCCAACACAGCUGGUAUCCAGCUGUUUUGGAGGUGAACUGCUACUAUGGGAUCUCACUCAGUCUUGGAGACGGAAAUAUACCCUCUUUAGUGCUUCAUCAGAAGGGCAGAAUCAUUCAAGAAUUGUGUUUAAUUUAUGUCCUUUACAAACUGAAGAUGACAAACAGCUGCUGCUUUCCACAUCGAUGGACAGAGAUGUAAAAUGUUGGGACAUGGCCACCCUGGAGUGCUGCUGGACCCUGCCUUCCCUUGGUGGGUUUGCCUACAGUCUGGCUUUCUCUCCUGUAGACACAGGCUGUUUGGCAAUAGGCGCUGGUGAUGGCAUGAUCCGUAUAUGGAAUACAUUCUCCAUAAAGAACAACUAUGAUGUGAAAAUUUUUUGGCAGGGUGUCAAGUCCAAGGUUACAGCGCUGUGCUGGCACCCAACCAAGGAAGGCUGCUUAGCUUUUGGAACUGAUGAUGGAAAAGUGGGAUUGUAUGACACCUACUCCAACAAACCUCCACAGAUUUCUAGCACAUAUCACAAGAAGACUGUAUACUCUUUAGCCUGGGGGCCACCAGUACCCUCCAUGACACUCGGAGGAGAAGGGGACAGACCUUCCCUCACUCUAUACAGCUGUGGAGGGGAAGGGAUUGUCUUACAACACAACCCCUGGAAGCUUAGUGGAGAGGCCUUUGACAUCAACAAACUCAUCAGGGACACCAAUUCAAUCAAAUACAAAUUGCCUGUACACACAGAGAUCAGCUGGAAAGCAGAUGGCAAAAUCAUGGCUCUUGGCAAUGAAGAUGGAUCAAUAGAAAUAUUCAAGGUUCCUAACUUGAAACUGAUCUGCACCAUCCAGCAGCAUCACAAGCUUGUGAAUACUAUUAGCUGGCAUCAUGAGUAUGGCAGCCAGCCAGAGCUGAGCUAUCUGAUGGCCUCUGGGUCCAACAAUGCAGUCAUUUAUGUGCACAACCUGCAGACCGUCAUAGAGAGCAAUCCUGAAUCUCCAGUGACCAUUACAGAGCCCUACCGGACCCUCUCAGGGCACACAGCCAAGAUUACCAGUCUGGCAUGGAGCCCACAUCAUGACGGAAGGCUGAUAUCUGCUUCCUAUGAUGGUACAGCUCAGGUGUGGGAUACUCUCCAGGAAGAGCCUCUAUGCAAUUUCCGAGGACAUCGAGGUCGACUGCUUUGCAUCGCAUGGUCCCCGUUGGAUCCAGACUGCAUCUACUCAGGGGCAGAUGACUUCUGUGUGUACAAAUGGCUCACUUCCAUGCAAGAACAUUCCCGACCUCCUCAAGGCAAGAAAAGUAUUGAAUUAGAGAAAAAAAGGCUCUCUCAACCUAAGCCAAAGCCCAAAAAGAAGAAAAAGCCCAUCUUGAGAGUGCCUGUAAAGCAGGAAUUGUGUAACGGGAAUGAAGAAGAGAGCGUAAAGGAGAGCUCGGGCCCUGUUGAGAAUGGAGUGUCAGACCAGGAGACUGAGGAGGAAGCCCGGGAGCCAGAGCUACCCUGUGGUGUCACCUCGGCAGUUUCUAAAGAACCAGUUAUCUGCACUCCAGCAUCCUUAGGUUUUGAAAAGUCAAAAGUCACCAUUAAUAACAAAGUCACUUUACUGAAAAAGGAGGCGCCUAAAGAAAAGCCAGAAGCCUUAAUCAAGAAGCGAAAAGCUCGUUCCAUGCUUCCACUGAGUACAAGUCUGGACCACAGAUCCAAAGAGGAGCUUCAUCAGGACUGUUUGGUAUUAGCCACUGCAAAACACUCCAGAGCAGAGCCAAAGGAGGAUGUGUCUGCUGAUCUUGAGCAAAGGUUUCACCUGGGGCUUUUCACAGACAGGGCUACCCUGUACAGAAUGAUUGAGGUUGAAGGAAAAGGUCACUUGGAAAAUGGCCACCCCGAAUUAUUUCACCAGCUCAUGCUUUGGAAAGGAGAUCUAAAAGGUGUUCUGCAGACUGCAGCAGAAAGAGGGGAGCUGACAGACAAUCUUGUGGCUAUGGCACCAGUCGCCGGUUACCAUGUGUGGGUAUGGGCCGUGGAAGCUUUUGCCAAACAACUGUGUUUUCAGGACCAGUAUGUCAAGGCUGCCUCUCACCUACUUUCUAUCCACAAAGUGUAUGAAGCUGUGGAGCUGCUCAAGUCAAACCAUUUCUACAGGGAGGCUAUUGCAAUUGCCAAGGCCCGGCUGCGCCCAGAGGACCCGAUCCUGAAAGACCUGUACCUCAGCUGGGGAGCCAUCCUAGAAAAAGACGGCCAUUAUGCCUUAGCAGCCAAAUGCUAUUUAGGAGCCACUUCAGCUUAUGAUGCAGCCAAAGUUUUGGCCAAAAAGGGGGAUGUGGCAUCACUUAGAACGGCUGCAGAGUUGGCUUCCAUCGUAGGAGAGAAUGAGUUGUCUGCUACCCUGGCUCUCAGAUGUGCCCAAGAACUGCUUCUGGCCAGGAACUGGGUGGGAGCCCAGGAAGCCCUGCAGCUCCACGAAAGUCUGAAGGGCCAGAGAUUGGUGUUUUGCCUUCUUGAGCUACUGUCCAAGCACCUGGAGGAAAAGCAGCUUUCAGAGGGCAAAAGCUCCUCCUCUUCUUACAAUGCUUGGCCCGCAGGCAGCGAAAGGCCCUUUGUGGAGAGGGUGACUGCAGUAUGGAAAAGCGCCUUCAGCCUCGACUCCCCAGAGCAGUACCAGGCAGCAUUUCAGCAGCUGCAAGAUAUCAAGUACCCAUCUGCUACAAGUAACACUCCCUCCAAACAGCUCCUGCUUCACAUUUGCCAUGACCUGACCUUGGCAGUGCUAAGCCAGCAGGUGGCCUCCUGGGACGAAGCUGUGGAAGGACUGCUUCGGGCUGUGAUCCGGAGCUACAACUCAGGAAACUUCACCAUCAUGCAGGAAGUGCACUCAGCCUUUCUUCCGGAGGGCUGUGACCACCUAAGAGACAAACUGGGUGACCAUCAGUCCCCCACCACACCAGCUUUCAAAAGUUUGGAGGCCUUUUUUAUUUAUGGACGUCUGUAUGAAUUCUGGUGGUCUCUCUCCGGGCCUUGCCCCGAAUCCAGCGUCUGGGUAAGGGCUGCUCACAGAAGGACAACCUCUGUUGAGCAGAGCCAACAGCUUGACAAUGUCAGCCCUGAAGAAACUGACCCCAAAGCUUCCCAGCCAGAGCCAAGCAGGACUCUAGAACUAGACCUGAGACUCACAGAAGAAGGUGAGCAAAUGCUGAACGCCUGUAAGGAGCUCUUUUCAGAAAAGCAUGCUGGUCUCCAAAAUGCACAGAGAACCAUUGCUGAAGUCCAAGAGACCUUGGCAGAAAUGAUCCGCCAACACCAGAAGAGUCAACUUUGUAAAUCCACAGCAAAUGGCCCUGAUAAGAAUGAACCUGAACAGGAAGCAGAGCAGUCCCUCUCUAGUCCUCAGAACCAGUGUAAAGAAGAAAAAAAUGAACCAGUUUCUUUGCCUGAAUUAACCAAAAGGAUUACAGAGGCCAAUGAGAGAAUAGCUAAGUUUCCUGAGAGUAUUAAGACCUGGCCCUUCCCAGAUGUGCUGGAGUGCUGCCUCAUCCUGCUUCACAUCGGGUCCCAAUAUUCUGGCUUCGUGACCCAGGAAAUGCAGCAACAGGCUCAAGAGCUCCUUGAGAAAUACGGCAGCACUGAAGUUUACAAACGACACUACCAGACCCUGUGCAUGUGAACUUUCAAGGACCUCUAAGAAACUGUGCCAAAUUCAAAACAUCCAACACCUUUCACCUCUGCAUUUACACCUCACCAGAGAUUCACUUUGAUCCCUAUAUGUUUCUGCAGUGAUCCAAAUAAUACAAGUGAGAGUCAAGUUUCAAUCAACUCUACACUUAAACACAAUGAAAUCUGACUUUGGACUCAAUUGUGGUUUCCUACUGGAGGAAAGAUCAUGAAAAGCCAGCAGUAGUUACUCAGAACUAACACCUGCAAAGUGAUUGUUGAUAAUCUCUAAAGCCUUAUGCAGGUUUCGCCCAAAGAGGAGAAACUUCUUUUUUAAUCACCCAAAGUGUUACAUUCUUAAACACAAGCUACCUUUAUAAAUGCUUUGCCUGACCAUAAACAUGUACACUCUUGUUGGAGGGUAGAGAUUAUGUCUUCCCUUUACUAUUUUACCCCUAGCACUCACUUAAGAGUGUCUAGUGUCUAAUAGGUACAUAACGGAAACUUUCAACUGAAUAAGUUGGGAAAAUGAAAGAAUGCUCAUUAAUAGCUUAGACUUAAAGGACUCUAAACUGAGCUCAUUGAUACCAGCACUGGCUGACAACGAAGGCUUGUGAUUGGUAGUCGACCUUACUGCGUUAGCAGAACACAGGAAUUCAAGAACAUCUGGCAGUACAACAGCACCCCCCUCAGCCACGAUUUCACUUUCCACAGUUUCAGUUACCCCCAGUCGACAGCAGUCCAAAAAUAUUGAAUGGGAAAUUCCAGAAAUAGACAACUCACAAGUUUUAAACUGUGGCCAUUCUGAGUAGCACGAUGAAAUCUCACGGCGGUCCCACUCCGUCCUACCCAGCACGACUCAUCCCUUUGUCCAGCAUACCCACGCUGUAUACACUACCUGCCCGUUAGUAUAGGAAAAACAGAGCAUACAUUAUAGGGCUCAGUACUACCCAUGGUUUCAGGCCUCUACUGUGGGUCUUGAAACAUAACCCCCACAGAUAAGGGGAGACUACUGUAUAUGGAGGGGCUGAAUUACACCCAUAGUUAGUAUUCUCUUGGUUACUCUUCAGGACCAUCCCUUUCUGAGGAUGACCACUGACACAGCCCUACACACACUCACAUAUAUACAAGGCAAAGUUCUUUACAGUUCUACUACACUUGUGCCCCUUCUUUAGCACCACUUUAAUAAGCUGUUUCUUCUCUCUCCCAUGCAAUGAGCACACCCCUACUCAACACUCAGUUCCUCAGCCCUUCAUCUCAACAUUUCUCCUGACAUGUCAGUAAGCCUGUUGUCAACUGCGGCAAAAAUAAACACCUAUUUUAAUCCAAA